AUGCAGACCUCUUACAUCUUCACCACCCUCCUCGCCGCCGCCGGCCUUGUCGCCGCCCUUCCCCAGGCCACCCCCACCGCCUCGGCCACCGCCUCCGCGACUCCCACCUGCUCUCAGGGCCCCGUCGUCGACUACACCGUCGUCUCCGGCGACACCCUCACCAUCAUCUCCCAGAAGCUGAGCUCCGGCAUCUGCGACAUCUCCAAGCUCAACAGCCUGGCCAACCCCAACCUGAUCAACAUCGGCCAGGUCCUCAAGGUCCCUACCCACAUCUGCAACCCCGACAACACCUCCUGCCUGGCCAAGGACGGCACCGGCACCUGCGUCGAGGGCGGCUCCCCCACCUACACCAUCAAGUCCGGCGACACCUUCUUCAUCGUCGCCCAGAGCUUCGGCCUCGACGUCAACGCCCUCCUCGCCGCCAACGAGGGCGUCGACCCUCUCCUCCUCGAGGUCGGCCAGGUCAUCAACGUCCCCGUCUGCUAA